AUGAAUAGCAUUCUAAUGUCUAGUAAUGGAACUACUUACACUAUAAAAGCUUAAUUAGGAAGUGGUUCAUUUGGGACUGUAUAUCAAGUCUUAGAUUUGAGAACAAACAAAUAUUAUUCUUGCAAAAUAGUAUUAAUUUUAGUUAAUGAAUAGAUUUCAAAAGGAUUGUUAUAGAAAUAUAAUGCGGAAUCAAUGAUUAGACAAGAGAUUAAAAUGUAAUCAACAUUAAAUCAUAAAAACAUACUAAAAGUCUAUCAUUCUUUUGAAGACAAUCAAAAUAUUUAUAUAAUUUCUGAAUAUUGUUCCCGUGGUUCGUUAUAAUUUCCAAAGACCCCUUAUAAAGAUAAAGAUGUCUUUAAUGUAUGUAUAUCCUUGUUAGGUGUUCUAGAUUGUUUACAUUAGAAUAAAAUAAUUCAUCGAGAUUUGAAGUAAUAUAAUAUUUAAUCUUUUAAAAAUAGUUAGAAAAUGUUUUUCUUCAUGAGGAUGGAACUUAUAAAUUAGGGAAUUUUGGUUGGGCCACUUAUAUCGAUAAAGUAGAGCCCAUUCUUUGUGGAACUACUGAAUAUAUGCCACCAGAGGUUGUUUUAAAAUAAUAACAUGAUUACAAAGUAGAUUGUUAUUCACUUGGAGCAUUAAUUUAUGUAUUACUUUGUAUAAGUCUAGAAUUAUAAAUAUUAUUUCUUUUUUUUUUAAAUCAAUUUAUAAAUUAUAUUUAUGAAUUAUAAAAAGAAAUUGAUUAAAAAAUAAUACAAGAUAAAUAAAAAUCUAUUAAAUUUAAAAAUAAAAUAAUUUAUUAACUGUAUUAAUACUAGAUUUUACUUCAUACUCAUUUUCCAUUUCAAGGUAAUUCUUAACCUGAAUUGAUUGGAAAAAUAGUGAAUUAAGAAAUCGUUGUUAAUAGAAGUGUUGAUGAAGAUUUAUUAAUUUUAAUUUAAGCAUUAUUAACUAAAGAUCCAAAUGAAAGGCCGACAGUAUAAUAAUUGUAUUUAAGUAAAUGGAUAAAAAAAUAAAUGAAGUUAAAUAAUAUUUUCAAUAAAUAUGAAAAUGAAUAGCUAAAAAAUAAGUUUAGAUAAAAAAAUAUCACAAUAAAGACUUUAGAAUUGAAGUAAUAUUUUAAGUUAUAAUAUUAAAGUGGAUCAAUAAAAUCUAGUCUAUCAGAUAGUCAAAAAAGUUCAUUAACUCAAAGUUCAAGUACCCAAAUAAGUUCAUCAAAUAAUCCUUGUUCACCUCUUGUUAAUAAAUGCAAUAUUGAUUAGAUUUUUAACUUCAAAGAUUCUGAUACUAAAAUGCUUAUAAUAUUAGAAUUAUUAAUGUAUUAAUAUAAUUUAUAUAUAAGAGUUCUAAAUUUAUAAAAUAAUACUUGUUGUUUGUUUCAUCUAAGUUUAUUUCUUAAUAUAAAUUGAAAAUGCUAUUAUUAGAUUAUUAGAUUAAUUUUUAAUAAACUUCUUGUCUUUGUUUGAUUAGAAUCAUUAUUAUGUUAUUAUUUAUAAUAAUAAUGACGGAACAAUAUAUUAUGGAUUCAGAAAUUAUUGAGGAUGAAGUUGAUCGCCCAGUAUCAGUCUACAAUUUAAAUGUUUGUUUAAAAGAGACAUUGAUUUUAGACUAUAAGAUUGUUAACUAAAUGAGCCUGAUAUUUAAGAUUUAGAGUAGAAAUGAAUAAACUAGUUUAUAAUUCUUGUGGUUUUAAAAAAGGAUUGGUAAAACAAAAGAAAUACCCAAAUAAGAAUUAAAGAUAGAUUUAAUGGAGAAUCGAACUAAGAAUGAAUAGCUAUCAUUUAAAAAGCCGAUAUAACCUAUCUAAUAAUUAUCAAUAAUUUCUAAUGGAGAUUAAUCAUCAUUAUUUACAAGAAAGGAAACAGUUCCUAAAAUUAAUUUUGUAGGAGAAAUGAAAGAAAGUAUAAACUAAAAUACAACAGUUGACUUAAGAAAAAAUCAAAAACUACAUACCCAUAUAUUACUAAAUUAAAAGAUGGUUUAUCUCACCCAAAAAUCUAUAUUUUAUUCAUCUUCUAAAGCUUUCUGA